GCGUUGCUGGUCGUGGGAGGAGCACCUUCUUUCUCCACUGUCGAGGUAUACAGGGUCCCCACUGCAGAUGCAGGCUUUUCAGCUAGAGAGGAAGAGAAAGUCGCCGACUUGUCCGAUGGUCGCAUGGGAUGCCAGGCUGCCGUGCUGGCGCUCCCGUCUCCUGAGAAGACUUAUCCCGUUGUCGAGCGGCGAUGUGUCGUCGUCAUUGGUGGCGAGAGGUGUGAUGAAGAUGUGGCGGAGUUUGCAAGGAUCAG